UCAUGCGACUGAGUGACAAUGUGCCAUUGGCCAGGGUGCAGCUGGGGCUACUGCAUGCGCUCUUGCUUGGCAUGCCUAAAAGGAGGGGAGGCAAGGAAAUUUUUUAUCCUUCCCUAGUGUGAGAGGCACCCAUGGCAUUGGAGGCAGUGUUUAUAAAUCACCACCCCUCAGCUUCAGAACCACCACAACACCUGCUCUUUCAUUUCCUUCUUCUUCUUCCUGUGGCCUGUUUGCCACAUGCAAGUUUGAGUGUGUGAUCGACUGAAGAGGCUGGUGGGGAAGGCCGAGAGAAGUGACAACACACAAGCAUCUUAGCUGCAGGGAAGAACAGUAAUUGGUUGAGUAGAGAAGAUGAUGAUGGAUAAGCAGCUUGUGAGGCAAUGUGACAUGGAGGUCAUGAAGAUGGCCAUGCUCAAGCAUGAAGAGACCUUCAGGAAUCAGGUCCACGAGCUGCACCGCCUGUACCGCAUCCAGAGGCGGCUGAUGAGCGGCCUGAGCAGAGCCGAGCCGAUGAGCACCCGCCGGCGCAACAAGCAGCCGCGGCGCGCGCUGAACCUGCAGCUCCCCGCGGACGAGUACAUCGUUAGCGCCGAUGAGGAUGGCGCCGGCACGGAGCUGGAGCUGACGCUCGCCGUCGGCGGGCGCUCCGCCGCUCGUAAGAGCAACAGGCAAGAACGCGGCGCCGGGGUCUCCUCCCCCUUCGCGUCGGACUCCGGCGCGAGCCUCCUGUCGUCGUCUCCGUCGUCGGCCGAGUACUACUCGGACGACGGGCCGGCAGUGAUCCACGCGCCAAUGCCGCCGCCGUGCCAGAGGGCGAUGGCGUUCGACCUCGGAGAAGGGAUGGUGAGGCAGCAGGCGCCGUGGCUGUUGCAGUGCCAGUACCUGAGCCUCAGGAUGACAUGAACAUGCAGCUCACCAUCAUCCAUCCAUCACAUGUACCAGCUUAAUCCAGCUUGUGUUGUGUUGUAGAAGAAGCAGUAGCCACUAGUGUUUUCUUUUUUCUUUUCCUCUUUUUUGUUUGCUAUGUGCUAGGGUCGACGCCAAUGGAGUUUGGGAAGGGUUGAAUCCUAAUCCUGAUCCCCAAAUCUUAAUUGAUCAUGGCUAAUGAGUACAU